GAACAUCCCGUUAAGGUUCCCUGAAAGACGUUCAGGUUUUAUUAGAUUGUUGUUGUUUAUUAUUAAAGGAAUAUAAACUCCAACUCUAAAGAGAUGAUGCUUGUUAGGAGAGGCAGCUUGUUUCUGUAUAAACAGAGGAGGGUUGGGAAACAGGCAGUCUGAAGGAGGGAGGGCAGAAGGCAUGAGUAGUCGAUGCCAGAUUGAAGUGAGCUUGGCUGUCAUGGCGAUGAUCAGGAGCAGUUGUGUCGCUGCCAGGCGUCUGUCCUGUGGUCAGAUUUUGUCACCUAAAUGUUUGGAAGCCUCUCAUCAGUUCUGUGUGAGUCGGAUGAGCAAUGCAGCCAGCACAUCACACACACUAGAGGACAGAAAAAAAGAAAUCAAAAAAGAUGGACUACAGCUGCAGGACUUUAUAUCGGGAGAUCUGUCAGAAAAGAGCAAAUGGGAGGAAUACAGGGGGAAUCUGAAGCGACAGAAAGGGGAACGGCUCAGAUUACCACCGUGGCUAAAGACUGAGAUUCCUAUUGGGAAAAACUACAACAAACUAAAGAACACCCUCAGAGACCUAAAGCUGCACACGGUGUGCGAGGAGGCCAGAUGUCCAAACAUUGGCGAGUGUUGGGGAGGUGGAGAACACGCUACUGCCACAGCCACCAUCAUGUUGAUGGGGGACACAUGCACACGCGGCUGCAGGUUUUGUUCCAUAAAGACAGCGAGAAACCCGCCCCCUCUUGACCCAGACGAGCCUUAUAACACAGCUAAAGCUAUUGCUGAAUGGGGACUCGACUACGUAGUGCUCACUUCAGUGGACCGAGAUGAUCUCGCAGAUGGGGGUGCAGAACACUUCGCAAAGACCGUGUCUCAUCUCAAGGAGAGGAACCCUAAUAUCCUAGUCGAGUGUUUGACCCCGGAUUUUCGCGGCGAUCUCUCUGCGGUGGAGAAAGUCGCUCUGUCCGGUCUGGAUGUUUACGCACACAACAUAGAGACAGUGAAAGAGCUGCAGAGGUAUGUGCGUGACCCACGUGCGAACUUCGACCAGUCGCUUGCCGCGCUGCGCCACGCCAAGAGCGUCAAUCCGAACAUACUCACCAAAACCUCCAUCAUGCUCGGAUUUGGUGAAACAGCCGCACAGAUCCACUCCACUCUGAAAGAACUGCGGGACUCAAAUGUAGACUGCUUGACUCUCGGCCAGUACAUGCAGCCAACAAAACGACAUCUGAAGGUGGAGGAGUACAUCACUCCAGAGAAGUUUGCUCACUGGGAGAAGGUGGGGCAGGAAAUGGGCUUCGUUUACACGGCGAGUGGUCCCCUAGUGCGCUCCUCUUAUAAAGCAGGCGAGUUCUUCCUAAAGAACCUGCUGAAAAAGAGAAAGUCGGAAGCGAAGCAGGAAUAACGAUGCGAUACACAACAUGAUCCUGCACCCUUUCCGUCUUGUAUUCUGCCUUCAGAUGAUAAAUCAGAGAAUGGAAAAUAUUUAUUUAAUCCACAAUGUCAAUGUUUUAUUCUCUCUUCCUGAGCAGAAAGGAAAGAGGGAUGGAUUAUGACAACAUCUGUGGGUCAGAAUGGACCAGAGUUGAUGUGUGUGUUUUAUUAUGGGGUAAAAAAAAAUCUUUAAAAUGCAUUAAAUGUUUGGACAAAAGAUUGUGGAAAGGUUGUGUAAUAAAAACGAUUCUGAAA